AUGGGUCAGUUGGACGAGCUGCAUAUAUCUCUCACCCAGGAAUAUAACGAGCAUGGGCCUGACCAUGACUACACCAAGAUCGAGUUGCAGACCUUCCCAGCGUACUUUUGCUCGGACUGGCUGAAACCUAUAUCCGCAAACCUGAGGGCGUUGUCCAUAUAUAGUGGGACCGACAAGUGGGGUCCCUUCCCCGGCUACUUCAACCCCAGCGGCAUCUCCUUUCCGAAGCUCGAGACACUGGCUUUGGGUUAUUACACGCUUGCGCAUGACCAUGACCUCGACUGGAUCGUUUCUAUCAAGUCACUACGCAAAGUCAUCCUGCAAAAUUGCAUGAUUUUAUCCUGGAUACGUAUCGACCCCUCCCACAUGGGCAAGUGGAAAGUCUGGACACAUGAUUGGACGGAGCUACUCGACGAGCGCGAGGACAGCUGGAGCAAAACAUUCGCGUACAGUGGAAAGUGGAGUCAUUAUCUAGAUCGUAUUGCCGGAGCCUUACCAAACUUAGUUGACUUCCGGUUCGAUCAGGCGCCGACGUACGCUGACAAGGAUAGGCCUCAGUACGGCGUAAAUCACCGUGACAGUUGCGGUAAUAGGAUCUUCCCUCAGAGGUAUAUCUGCUUCGAUGAUGGAAUCCUGCCAACGCACUGGCCGGAAGCGGAAGAUAAUGGCGAUAUGCAUUCAUGGCUCGCUGACGGAUUCCCGACUAAUAUGCAUAAGGAGAAUUUGGAGGCAGACCAGAAGAGCCUGAAUAAACUGCUGGAGAAGCUGAGAAGUCGAGGGGCUAGGCGGAGCUAG